CUACAAAUAUUUUCAUACUCCAGCCUUCCACCGGCAGAAGAAGAUGCCUCCCGUGGAGUGACGUGUGCCGCGUCGUGCAAACCUCCGCAAUCCGCCGGCUGACGGAACUUUGUCGAAAAUGGUCGCCACGUGAUAGAAACUCAAAUUUUAACCGUAUAAAUCUCAAAUUUUAACUAAAUUUAAGCUUCCAGUGCCGUUAUAGAGUUGGUUGGAAUUUUUUGACGAAAUUAUGGACUGAGUCGCGGAAUUAUGCUCGAUACGGGAGGCUUUGAAUCAAAAUCUAAAAUUGUAAGGAAUUUAGAAAAUAUUGAAGAUAAGUUUGUGGUUGUUGCAGAUUUACCUGCGAAUACCGGAAGUUGUUGUUAUUAUUAUGUAUGAUGGAAUUGAACAAUGUUGUUAAGACAUAAACAUGUUUUGGGUACACUGUGGACUCUUUGUUCUCGUGAUUGCCGUACCUGGAUUUAUUAACAGUGCCGACAGCACGUCCAAGCGAGAAGCCGAUUACACCUUGGACGACUCUUUCUGGAAUGAAGAGACCCCCGCCGGCGAGGUCGAACGACUGCUACGCGAAUAUCGACAAAACCAGGAGCUAGUACGGGAUAUUGGGGCACACAACUAUCAGAUUAUUUAUCCAGUGCAGCUGAGGCAUCACGAGAAAAUGGGGAUUUCCACCCGUGAAGCCGGAUCUCCGAAGUAUCCGCAGAGAGGCGGGUAUGGAGACGGGUAUCAAUCCGCUCGCGGGAGAUCAAGAGCGGGGAAACAUUUUCAUCGAACUUCCCUCUUGAUAAAGGCCUUCAAUCACAAAUUUCGUCUAGAUUUAGAAUUAAAUACGCAACUUUUGGCGCCGAAUUUGAUGCAAAAGGACUUCCUGGGGAACGGGGUCGAGCAAAUGACAAAGCAGGAAAUCGAGCAUUGUUACUACCACGGCACGGUUAAAGAUUAUCCAGGAGCCAGCGCUGCUUUCCACACGUGCAAUGGCGUCAGCGGUGUCAUUCACCUGGGUAAUGAGACCUUCGUUAUCCAGCCGUUCUACGGAGGCGAUUUGUCGCAGAGACAUCCUCACGUUAUAUUUGAGGCUCGAACAAAGGUUAACAAAGGCUGCGGUAAUGCUGGGGGUCUUGAACGACGUCUUGCUAAGAAUCGACGCCAGAAGCAUGUCCUCGGCCUAUCCAAGACUGUCUCAGAUCGAUACAAGCGAGAUGUUCGCGAGGCUACCAAGUACAUCGAAACUGCUAUGAUUAUCGACAAAGCUAUGUUUGACAAGAGAAACGGAAGCACUCGAUCGGAAGUAGUUCAUGACGCCAUCCAAGUUGCCAAUAUCGCUGAUUUGUACUUCCGAGGUCUCAAUACGCGGGUGUCUGUAGUCUACAUCGAGACCUGGCAGGGCGGUAACAAGGCCGCAAUCGACUCGACCAUGGAAAUUGGCCGAGCACUCCAGAACUUCAACGACUACUUGCUCCGGAACAUGUACCUAGUGACCUCGGACACGACGCAGUUGCUUACGGGCGAGACGUUCAUAGGCGGCGAAUCGGGAAUCGCUGUGCCGGAAACUGUCUGCAGCACGAAAUCUGCUGGAAUAAGCGUAGAUUUGAAUACAUAUGAGCCACAUCUUCUUGCUGGAACUAUGGCGCACAUGAUAGGUCACAAUAUCGGCAUGGGUCACGACGAUGGAAGAGAGAAUUGCUUUUGUCGGGACUGGCAUGGGUGUAUAAUGGCCCAGUCGAUCGUCGGAGCUGAAAACGUCCAGCCGUACAAAUUCUCCGAGUGUAGCAAAUCGGAUUACGAGGAGGCUUUGAAAGCCGGACGUGGUAUCUGUCUUUUCAACAAACCGAACGAGUUGGAAAGCAGAUCAUGCGGAAACAGGGUAAUAGACGAUGGCGAGCAAUGUGAUUGCGGGACCAUCGACGAGUGUUCUAAGUAUGAUCCGUGCUGUGAUCCAAUCACAUGCAAACUAACUUCUGGAGCUCAGUGCGCCAGGGGGCCUUGUUGUACUAAUGAUUGCAAGUUACGUCAAAUCGGUUACGUCUGCCGUGAAUCGACGAACGAGUGCGACCUCCCCGAAGUCUGCACCGGCGAAUCAGGGCAAUGUCCGACGGACGUUUACAAGAAGAACGGAAAACCGUGUGCGAAUAACCGGAGCUUCUGCUUCGCGGGCUACUGUCCUGAUUUGAAUGUCCAAUGUGAAGCAGUUUGGGGCGAUGAUGUCAGCGCCGCUGACAUGCAGUGCUUCGAGCAGUUCAACUCCAAGGGAUCCAUCAAUGGACACUGUGGUACUGAUGCUGAAGGACACUUCAUCAAAUGCGAAGCCGAAAACGUCCGCUGCGGUUCACUCCAGUGUCAGAAGGGGAGUAAACAGCCGGUGAUCGAUGGCAUGCAUGGCUCGUGGACACGAACCAUUAUAUCCACCAAGGGCACUGAGUACGAGUGCAAAGCCACCAGCAAAGUCGAGGGGAUCGACGUACCGGGAAUGGGUCUCGUACGUGAUGGUACAUCGUGCGGCGAACACUCGAUUUGCGUCAAUCAAACUUGCACCAGCUCAUUUCCACACAUCGAUUCGGGCAAGUGUCCAAGCAAUAAUGACAAUAUCGAAUGUUCCGGCAACGGCGUCUGCACCAAUCUGAACAAAUGUUACUGUAACAUCGGUUGGAGCGGUACAGAUUGUUCAAUCCAAAUGGACAUACCAACUCUAGAACCUCUGACCACAACCACCGGCGCCCCUAGCAAAGCAGCGGAUGCCGCGGGAACCAAACUCCAGAAGAAAGAGACCCCCUACGAGAACUACCACGGCUCUAACACUGUAUUUUUAGUUGGUAUGCUCAUGUCGGUGGUAGGGGGUGUUUUCGUAGUAUUUGCUCUGAUGGCUCUCUGCUACAGGUCAGUCGUAGUACAUAAAAACUUCUCCCUCUGUCUCAGACGCAAGAGUACUAUACAAAAAUACGACCCUCCUUAUUCGAAGAAACCGGCGCCCAAAGCCUACAGUGAGCGCUCUAGCAAUCACCAUCCGGAGGUUGUGGCGCUUGAUAAUGUCAACAAAAUUCUUACCUUUGGAAGUAUGCCUACUUACAGCUGCGACCAACGUGUGUUAUUCCAGCAGCAACCAAACGUGACCGCAGACGGCUCGCGACUCAAGGAGCACAAGACGCCGAUGAAGAGGAUGGGAGGAAUGUACGAUGAGGAUGGAGGUACGGGCGCCGAAGACGUUGUCUCUGUCAUUGAUCUACCACCUAACAGUUUGACAAAGUUACCUGAGAAGGGAAUUUUAAAGAAACACGGUGGUUACGGAUUACCAGACAGCGCCAUGGUGGCUCAAACCUUGAGCAGCUUAAACGGGUACCACGGAGAACUAAUGGAAGCCCUGAGGAACGCGACGACCCACCGCGGGAUGUCAGGAACUCCCUCAGGUUCCGGGAACCUGAUGGACGACGAGAUGAUCCGUAAGUCGCUGGCAGAGUGUGGUUACCCGGACGGAUAUCGAAAGGCGACCGCGGACUCAGGGCAGGACAACAUCGACAAUCAGGACGAUGACGACGAGGAGGAUGUUCCUCCCACCUGCGGCCCCAUCAGGAUCCGCACCCUCGAGGACAUAAUCCGGCAAUUAGAGGUCCACUCCGCACGGCACAUGAGUCCGAACGGAUCCGAGGACAUGCGGAUUUCCGAAAACGAGGGGGACCGGCACUACCGGAUAGACUCUUCUGUCUGUAGCGAGUCCUCCCAGGGAAGCAGAAGGUGCAGCCGCGGUCGCGAGGAUGAUCGAUUCGUCUACGGUCGAUAUCGUCAGCCGUCGUCGCGAAGCCCGUACGGCACUCACCAGCAUUCGCACCAGCAUUCCCACCAAAUGCACGAGGAGGAGGGAAUCUAUGAAACAGCCGAUCCUGACAGAGGCUCAAACACUAGGGGCGAAACGCCCGAUAGCGAAAGUGAUGCAUUUAUUCAAGCUCAACAACAAUUAGCCCGGUGGACGAGUGAGGAUCGGCUCCAACAUCGGGCGCCACAACAGCCGCCACCGUCUCCGCCACCAUCGACAGCUGUUCAUCUUCGUCAAGUUCAUCUUCAUCAGCCGCAACAACUAUUGGGUUCCCAGCCAACUUCAAAAGAUCAACUGCCGAUACGAGAUCGGGGAUAUUAUCCACCACCGUCAUCACUGGCGCCCAAAGAUCUAAAUGGACUACAAGAUGUUGAUGGACAAGGCAAAAAUAGCCGGGUUAUAAUUAACGGCGAAGCCAUAAAUGCUCAAUCCCACCAACAAAUAAUGAUUAAUAAUAAUAAAAGUAAAUUAUUGGUUAAAAAAUGUCCCGAUGUAUGUACCGGAGUCGAUGUGAAUCAAUUGCCUAAUAUUAAUAAUACUAAUACUGAUACUGAUACUAUUAAAAAAAAUAUAAAUAAAAAUAAAAAAAGUAAAUGCCCACUAGACGAUAAUGAUGAUGAUGGUGAUGAUGAUGAUGAUGAUGAUGGUAGAAUAGAUUGUAACAUAAUAAAUAACGAUGAUAAUAUCCCUAAUGAAUUAAUUACCAACACUAGUGAUAACGAAAAUACUGCCCUACUACCCCCUACGCAUUUUCCUGAGUACAAGCAUUGAUAUAAAUAAAUAAAUAAAUAAAUAAAUAAAUAAAUAAAUUUAUUUAAAAUUAAUAAUAAUAAUAAUUUAAAAUGUUAUUAUUAUUAUUAUUUAAUAAUCGAUGACAGAUAGUGUCCAAGACGAGAAUCGAAUGACUAAAUUUAAUAAUAAUUGUUUAUUUGUUGGUUUUAUUUUAUUGAUAAUGAUAAUGAUAAUUAUUAAUGAUAAUUUAUAAUGAUAAUUAUAAUGAUAAUGAUAAUGGUAUAUUUAACAACAGAUUUAAUAAAUUAUUAUUAAAUGAUUUAAAAAAUUGAAAAAUGAAAAAAAAAAUAAUAAAACAUUACCUUAGUGGUGUGAUUUAAUCUCGAACUCGCAUUUUAUACUGAAUAGUGUAAAUAACGAUUUAACAAAACAAAAAUACGAUUGCGACAACUGGUAUUUAAAUUAUUAUAAAUUAAAUUAUCUAUAUGGAAUGUUUAUUAAUAAACAUUAGUAAAACGAUUGACUCAUAA